AUGCUAUCGACGUUCUCAAUAGUACGUCCAAAGAGUUUGAAUUCCCUAACAUCUCGAGCUACUCUAAGGAUUCUCGAUUCUCGAUUAACCUCAAGUAUAACAUUUCCAAAUUCAAAAAGAUCCAUUUCAUUUACAUCUCAACUUAAUAAUGAAUCUCAAAAGAAACAAACAUCCUCAAAAAAAGUUGAUUCGAUAUGGCCUAAAUUGAAAAAUUUUACGACGUUUACGUUUUCUGCAGCUUUAGUCGUUGGUGCAAUUGGUAUUUCAACAGUAGUCAUUUAUUUGAUCGGUGCAGAAUUAUUCUCACCAUCUGGAGAUACACAACUGUUUAAUAGAGCUGUAUCUUUGGUUCAAAAGGAUAAAGAAUUACGUCAAUUACUUCAAAGUAAUGAUACAUUAUAUAAUGAAAGAUUAAAAGCUUAUGGUGAAAUGAUAACACACGAUAGAUGGACUCGUAAUAGACCAAUUGUAUCAAAAAGAAGAAUAGAUAAAGAUGGUCACGUACAUUGUUUCUUAAGAUUUCAUAUUGAAUCUAAAAAAAAAAUUGGUUUAGUACAUUGUGAAGCUGUUGAAAAACAAGAUUCUUUAUUACCUGAAUUUGUUUCAUUAUAUGUUGAUAUUAAAGGCGAAAAACGUCAUUUUAUUAUUAAACCAAAAUUAAAAAAACAACCAAAAUCUACAGGAUUUCUAGGUGUAAAUUGGGGACCAAAGAGAACAUAA